AGCAAUCUUCCUCUGUCCCUGUCUGCCACCCCCUCCUUUCCUCUCUCUCUCUCUCUCGGUAAGUCCCAGCCCCCGAAGGUGUCCUAGCUGUGCUCUCUCUCUCUCUCUCCUCACUCACUGACACGCCGCCUUUCAGCUGUUUAAAAGCCGGCGCCGCGUCGCUCCGGAGCUCGGUUCUGGCAGCGCAGGGGACCCGGCCGCCGGCGACGCACCGAGGAGAGCCGUCGUCCUCGAAGCGGGAGGGCGGCUGCGAAAAGGGAGAGGGCGCAGAGGGGGGGCCAUCGCUUCAGCCCCGUUCACCCGUCGGCGCGCCGAAUGACAGAAAUGCCUCCGCUCCGUAACUCGGCGAGCGUCGUCUUCAUCCUCAUUGUUCUGGGGGCGGCGCGGACGGGGGCCCGGCGUUCGGGCCCCUUCAAGGUCUGUCCCGGCUGCGGGGAUCCGCCGGCGGCGGCGAGGCCCCCCGGGGAGCGCGAGCCGGCCCGGGGGGAGCCCUGCGGCGUCUACACUCUGAGCUGCGCCAAAGGGCUCCGCUGCGUCCCGCCGCCCGGGGAGCGCAGCCCCCUGCAGGCUCUCUUGCGAGGCAGGGGCCUUUGUGUCAAGCAGAUCAGGACCGGUCCCACCGAGAGGCCCCACCCCACAGGUCCUCAUCCGUCCCGCAGCAGCGACAGUGAAAAAGCGCCGUGCCGCAAGCUGCUCAACAGCGUCCUGAGAGGCUUGCAGCUGACCAUCAUCCAGUCGCACCGCGACAUCUACAUCCCCAACUGCGACACCCGAGGCUUCUACAGACAAAAGCAGUGUCGCUCUUCCAAAGGGACGCAGCGCGGCCACUGCUGGUGCGUGGACGAGGCGGGCGCUCCGGUGCCCUCCCGGACCGGCGAGGACGCCGUUCCGCCGUGCGACGGCGAGUGAGAGCCGAGCCUCCGCCAUUGUUCUGCGCCCGGAGGAAGAGGAGGAGGAGCGUUUGCUCGGGGAGUCGGAGGGGAGCUUGAGCGAGGGCUACAAUCGAUCGCCACUUGCCCGGACAAGAGGUAACGGGGAGAGUCAGACAGAGGGAGGGGGACUCGCAGCUCAGGCGUGCGCGUCCAGCUGCGUUGUCGGUCGACAAUGGCGCUCGCCCACGAUCUUGGCCGUCGGUGCCGGAAUACUUUCCUUGCCUCUUGCCCCGGCUUUCGGCUUCCAUUUAUAUUUACUUUCUCUUCUCAUCCCUACCUUGGAAUAGCUGACACUGCCUGUGUUUGUUGUGUUCUCAGUGGGCUGAAAUACUGUUACGCGGGUCAAGUGACACAAAGGUGUCUCCCUCACCAUCUUCUCUCCCUCUGUCUGAAGCUGCUCUCAACAAGCCGAUUCUCUAUUAAUGGGGGGGGGGGGGGGUUGCUCAUUGCAUACUACUCACAACCUUCCUUACCUUCUAUUUUUUGUGGAUGUUGUGUCUGGGGAUGGCGACGAGUUACAUGAAAAAGACCCGGGAUGCUUUAAUUGUCAAGUGAGCGUGGCGAAUGCUUGUCGGAUGAUCGUACUUUCGGUAUGUUGGACUUUGGUGCGUUGACCGCGUGAUACUCUGAAGAUAAGAAAAAAACGUACGGCUGUUUUUCUUUUCAAAAAGUCGUCAGGCAUAUUUUUAUACACCUCAAUAUAUUUUAGAUAUGAAUUGGCGCUUUAUUUAACAACUACAGUAUAUUGCCAUGUAUUUUUCUAUUGUCAGCCAUUUCUUAUUUCAAGACGGAGAUGAUUUUGUUUCAUGUGGGUGUCAAGUCUUUUGCUUUCGGGGCACCUCACUUAAUGGAAAAAAAGAUCCAUCGGCAGAGUUCACUCCAGCCACUGGACACGUUGAGCUUCUUUUCUUUGUAUUUUGGCCUGGUUGAUUUUAGAGCCGACAACGUCCGUGAAAACAUUCUGUUCUCCUCGAUGUGUCACAACGGCGAGAAAAAAUGGUCCAGUCACCCAAAUGGGUGUGCUGAGCGUGAUGACAAUUGAUGCGUUCUGACCAAUCUUGUGCCGACGCGUUACCACGAUGGAUGAAUGUCCGCACGCAAUGGACAUGAGACAUCAUGAAUAAAACAGACCUGAACACCAAGCAAAGAGCGGCUUCUUGCUUCCACAUCGG